AACAGUGCUAGCCUAGGAGACAACAGCUGCGGCCAGAGGUCAGCGUACGGCCGAGUAGCUCUCCUAUUCUUCCCUGGCUAUGCAGGGGCAGUUGGGCAAAGUUCAGGCCGGCAUGGGAAACAGUCGUGGUCCUGAUGUCCCAUCAGCUUUAGGUUGUCUCUUGCGUGGAUUUGUUGCUUUGUUUCUCUGGACUGAUCUCAUCUGCCGAAACUAAAAUCAUUUGAGGGGUUAUGGGAACACACAACCUUGCCUCUUGAUAGCAUUGUAGCAGGCACUGGCUUUGCUUGGAGGCAAAAGGACAAGCCACGUUCCAUCCAUGCCUUGCGUAUCUGUGCAGUCCAGUCAUACACAACCUGAUUUUUGACAUGGCUGUAAGGUGAUACGUCAAGCCUGGCCCUGUCUUGCCCUGACAAGACCAGACUUCCUCACUGUGUAUCGAGGGAAAGCUGUUGCACUUAACAUGGUGCUUGGUAAGGGGUGGGGUAGAGAGGGUAAAGAAAAAUCUUGGCAGCCUAAGACAAGUCCUGAGAAACAUGUGCCAAUGGUAAACGUACACCACUGUCCUAAAAACUAUGGCUGGCUGAAAAACAGCCAGCAAAAUUGGCGAGAAUGAAGCUGAAUGAAUAUUAAGGAGUUCUUUCCACCACUAGUCCUGCUUGAAGUAGACCAUUCAAAUUUAUGGGCCUGACUUAGUCCCAUUAAUUUCAGUAGGACUUGGUCAGAUACAAACCUAUGUUCACGGGUGGCUUAUUAUUAGUAGGGGACUCCGAACACUUGAAUGUGUAAAAGGUCAAAUUUUCCUCGCAUUCAUGUGGGAGGCCAGUUUCGAAACAGUAAAAAAACCGUGCAGUGUAGGGUAUGUAUAGUGCAUGGUCAACAUGCCUGCUUAAGUUGAUUAUUCACCUAGAAAAGAAGACUGAACAGCUGGCUCUCUCCUGAAGUUACUCUGAUUCGAUUUGAAAUAACAUCUUGCUACCUGUUUAAAAAAAAAAUAUGUUGCACUGAACUUUUGUUUGUACAUUGAUUGAUGAUCUUUUUGGUUUGGACAAGGGAGGACUGGCAAGCUAGGAUCAUUAUUCUGUGCUUUAUGCACCUACCUUUCUGGCCUUUUAGCGGGAGCUAUUUUAUUAGCAUUUCUGGAUGUUGACCUGUCCUAGCUCUUGGGGGGUGGGAGCAAUCUGCCAUGCCACCCUUUCGCCCUUCACGUGCUGCUAAUACUACCUCAAGCACUCCAAGGAAAAUGAUUAUACCAACUACCUGCUUGCUUCCUUAGUAAAUGACCCUAGUACCUUUUUUAAUAUUACUCUCUUCCUACCCCAUUGCCAGUUAACCACAGAUUACGCAAGCAGGGCCUUGAAAAGGGGGUGUGUGUACUAGGCUAAGAAAAAGUACCGUGAAGAGAAACUCUUCUCUCUCCGCCCCCCCCCCCAUUUCCUGCUUUGUUCACCUUUUCUCUUCCAUUGGCCAUUUUAUAGGUCUCUUGUAGCUGAUGCGGCACGAUGACCUCAUCAGGCUUGCUCCUUUUAACCCAUGUCUUAUCUGCUGUAAGCGGAGAUCAUGUGAUUGUGUUCUCUUGGCUGUAGAUGUUUUCCAUUUCUCUGCAUGAAGUCCAAUCUGGGCCUUGAUAUAUAGAAACAGACGAAAAUCUUUUAGCAAAGUGCAAGAAGUUCAGCGUGUGUGUGAUUUUAAUUGCACAGUAUGUUAGCAUUCAUUUUGUUAUUGUUUUGAUGAGAUGUGGUGCAUAAAGUGCUAGCAUGGGAUUAUUUCAUUAACCCAGCUGCAGUUGGAUAAAGAUAAGCCUUGUGACCAGAAGAGCUGUGGGAAGGUAUGGCUUACGACUUAUUUCUGUUAAAUGCUGACCUGAUCUCCUGCUAGCUUAACACAGUGUUCAGCCUCUGAAGGACAUGAGGAUCUUUUUAUCUUUAAACUUUGCAUUCAGACUGAGCGGUGGGUCUCAUUGAAUAAGAGAAGUUAAGUCACACAUGUUUUCUGUAGCUCAGAACUGUCCAGUGCAAAAGGGAGUGAUGUGUGGCUUUGCACUUACAUCUGACAUCCAGUUGUAGCUGGUCAACUUGAUGGUAGCACAUUGACAACUUUCAAUGUUAAAAAGUCAUGUUUUCAAAACUUGUAGCCUCCACAUGGCUGGCACCAACCCCUUACAGUGCUUUUAGAUGUGCUAUAUUAAGCCAGUAUUGCAUCGCGUAUUAAUAGCUGCCUCCCAGUUUAGAGCAGGUAGCAUUCAUAUAUGUAUAAACUAACACUUUUAAGUCCCAGACAGUUGAUAGAUCAGCAUUUUUAUUCUUCCCCGAUACAGGCUCCCUGUAUUAGAAUUCCAUUAUGUUCAGACUUUGCCAGAGAGGUUUUGCCACUGAUAAGAUUAGGCUGUGCUAUAGGAAAGCAUCCUCUUCACUCUGGAAAAAGAAGCUAAUGGUUCUAAAGCAGAACUCAAAACAGUUUGUUGCCUCAGAAAAUCCUUGCCAUUCUGCAACAAGCUGGUAGGAAUAGCAAGACAGCAAUUAAGAAUUAGUGGCACCUGAGCUCAGAGUGUAAGGACAUUUUCCUCAUACCAGGCUAACAUCCUAAACUGGGAGCUUUUUGUCGCUUUCUGUAAGGCUUGACUCUCAGCCAGCCUGGCACCUGUUGUCAUCCUAUCACUCUUACUUUUUAAUACUUGGCUUGAUUCACCUUCAAUGCUGACUUUGUUUUGGUUUUUCGCUUACAUUUAGUAUUACCUGCCACAGUUUUCUAUAUGAAAGAGAUCCAAAACUGUCUUCGCACAACUUCUGAUACUGAACAAACCGAGCUCUCAAGUUACACCAAAUCUCCUGGCAAAUAGAAGUCUCUAUAACUCAAAAGCUUGCAUACAUAUACACCAAAAGAGGCUGUUCAAUAGGAGAGAGUUCCUCUAAUCCAGAGAUGGGGAAAACCUUUGGCCUUGCAGAUGUUGCUGCUCACACCAUCCCUGACCAUUGGCUGAGACUGAUGGGAGCUGGGAGUCCAAUAGCUUCUGGAUGGCCAAAAGUUCCCCAUCCCUGCUCUAAUCAAGUUUUAUACUUGCUCUCUCUAUAGCACUCCUUCCUCUGCAGCAGCGACCAGUUUUCUGUUGACAACCUAAAUUUUUAUGUCAGCUGUGUGCCAUGUGACUUCUUCAGGAACUGGAGAGUUCUCUUAUUAUUGCACUGUCUCAAUUCACUCAAAACUUGUUUUUGUUUCAAAAAAUCAGAUUUCUCAAUAGCUUUUUCUAGGAAAGUUCUUAUGUGUGCUCACUCAAGUCUGGACUGUUCCAAGUUUUCAGGUAGUAGCUUCUGCUAUGGGAGCUUUUUUAUUAUUAUGCAGAGUGCUACAUUAUCAUGGCUGCCUUUGCUCUGUCCCUCACUGAGGUAUGGGUGGGGGGGAAGCAAUCUCAAGAAACUGCCAACACUUUUCCGGCAUUAGGAGGGGAAGGGGCAAAGGAAAGAGCCCUUGCAGUUUCCCUUUCCUGAAAUUGUUUAUUUGAAAUAAAUUGUGAAUUUCUAAUUUUAAAUGUGCGUAGUGUCUUUUUUUUUCCUCCCUCCCUUACUGAUACACCAUUUCCCAUUAUACAGUGAGAAAGGGGAUGAGGAAGCGGAAUGUUGAGAGUUUUAAUAUAAACUGGGAGCUGCUUGAACAGUACCACCGAUUUCCAGCAACCUAUUAAAAUAGGUUCAGCCUUUCAGACUCAAAACAAGUCAGUCCCCCAAUCCAGUUUUUUGUUCUCUCCAAAACAUUGCUUUGUGUUCAACUUCCUCGUUUAUUUAUGCAAAGCAUUUAUAGCCUGCUUGCUAACUUAAAAAGGUUUGUAGAGUGGCUUACAUGUCAAAAUAGCAAGUCUGAAGGCAGGGAAUGUGCUAUGUAAAAAAGACACUGGUACAAAAGGAAAAGAGGAUGGGGAGGGAAGUUCUUUACCAGCUGUCAUGUUCUCAUUUGUUUUUUUUUAAAAAAAAGCCUGUGAAGUUGUAUCUCCUUCAAGAUGUACAAGUUUUUGAGGAAUUAAUAUGGGCAAAGGUGUUGCCCUUCCUCUUUGAAACAAAACCCGAAUUUGUGCUCUUGGAUCUACUUCAUAAUCCUGAAGUAAAUCUCAAAGGUAGAGGAUUAUACAAAAGCUACCAGCAGCUCUCAGGCACUGGUUGCAUAAGGUGUGAGGAGGAUAUCGAAUGUUGGUUUUACAUACUCAAUAUGGGCUUUACAUGCUGUUCAACUGGCUUUCAUUACUGAAAUUGAGAGCAGCUGUUCUAUAUUCUAUUUUAUACAUAUAAUUGAAAGGCAGGAGGAGCUUUUACCUAGAUGGUUCUUGACCUACGAGGACGAUUCAUUACGUUGCCGCUGAAAAAGGCACUCUGUACAUGUCUAGGAACAUUUGAGUUCCAAAAAAAGAAAGAAAAAAACUCGGGCUUUAUGUCAGGUGUUUUUUUAAUUUAAAAAAGUAUUAGUAGAACUAGCUAAUUCACUUCGCUUAAAAUAUGCCUUCACACCAGCUACUGCUCUGUCAACAAAACAACUACGGUACGUCAGGAAAGCGGUGGACGUUCUGCCCUUAUCAAAAAUGGCUGCAGUUUCAUAUUCAUCCGCAAGGGGGGGAGCCGAUGCCCUUUCUCAAAAUGGCUUCCCAUCACACUGCUAGGGGAGGAGAGGCAAAGUUGCCAGGACCUAAAAUGACCGGCUUCUACCGUGGGCAGAGCCAAAACACUUUUUAAAAAAAUCCCUACAGUACAGGCCAGCACCCUCUAGGACUUCGUCCUGGCCAGCGCCGUACAGUCGCCUUCCCUCCACUCUCCUCCCCCCCCCCCCGGCCAAACUAACGGGCCCGGCCGUGCGCUCUUCCUUCGUGCGUGAUGACGUGAGGGGAGCCCUCUCGGAGAAGCCCCUGCCCGGCCGCCGCCGCUAUUCGCGGGGUGGUUGCCGUGGUAACGGUGCCCAGCUCCAAGGCCGGAGCGGGCCGGGCCUAGCCAUGGCUGCUGCGGCGGGGGCAGCUGUGGCUGCGGCGGCGACGGCGACGCCGGACGAAGACCCCCGCCCGCUGCCGGGGCCUUCCUUUGGGCGGAGGGCCGUGUGCUCCCGACCCUACUUCGUGGUGCUGAUGGUGUUCGCGCACCUCUACGUGCUCAACGUGCUGGGCUUGCUGCUCUUCGUGCACAUCAGCUCCGACGACGGGGAGACGGAGCCGGGCAAGGAGAGACCCCCGGACCCCGCACAGGACCCGCCCGCGCCGCCCUUCUCCUCCCGCUCCCCGGGAGGCUCUCGCCCUCACAGCCUGCCUCGCCUCGAGGGCAUCAAGGUGGGCCAUAAACAGAAGGUGGAGCUGAUUCCUAACAAAAUCCAUCUCAUGAAAACUCUCAGCUUGAAACCACUCCUUUUUGAAAUUCCAGACUUCCUGAGUGAGGAUGAAUGCAAGUUAAUUAUCCACUUGGCUCAGCUGAAAGGGCUGCAGAAGAGUCAGAUUCUGCCCACAGAAGACUAUGAGGAAGCAAUCGAAAUGAUAGAUAUCAGCCAGAUGGAUAUAUUUAAUCUACUGGACCACAACCAGGAUGGACAACUGCAGCUCAAGGAGGUACUGACACACACUCGCCUAGGAAACGGCAGGUGGAUGACGCCUGAGAGUAUCCGGGAGAUGUACUCUGCCGUGAAAGCAGACCCAGAUGGCAAUGGUGUGCUGAGUUUGGAGGAGUUUAAGCAGCUGAACAUUCGGGAUUUCCACAAGUAUAUGGGCAGCCAAAAGGUGAAGAUGAGUGACCUGGUGCGGAACAGCCAGCACACAUGGCUGUAUCAAGGGGAGGGAGCCCACCACGUCAUGCGCUCCAUACAGCAAAGGGUGAUUCACUUAACCCGUCUGCCCUCUGAGAUUGUGGAACACAGUGAACCCCUGCAGGUAGUGCGAUACGACCAAGGCGGGCACUACCAUGCUCACAUGGACAGUGGACCAGUCUUCCCUGAGACUGCCUGCAGUCACACCAAACUGAUUGCCAAUGAAACUGCUCCAUUCGAGACCUCAUGCCGCUACGUGACAGUUCUGUUCUACCUAAAUAACGUGACCGGAGGAGGAGAGACCACUUUUCCGAUAGCUGACAAUAGGACCUAUGAAGAGAUGUCUCUCAUCCAGAAUGAUAUUGACCUACGCGACACUCGUAAACACUGUGAUAAGGGAAACCUACGUGUGAAACCCCUUCAAGGAACUGCUGUUUUCUGGUACAAUUACCUGUCAGAUGGAGAAGGCUGGGUUGGCGACCUAGAUGAAUAUUCUUUGCACGGAGGCUGCUUGGUCACUGAAGGAACCAAGUGGAUUGCCAACAACUGGAUCAACGUUGAUCCCAACAAGAGGCGGCAGCUCCAGUUCCAAGAGGAGAUGGCUCGAUAUACAAACAGUGCGGACGAAGACCAAAGCGAAUGGACUGUGGACAAAUCCUACAGCAACGUACAUGUGGAGCUGUAGUGCUUGGAGAUGCCUUUUCGUGGACUUGGAAGAAACUUUUUUUGCACUAGCCAUUUUCAGCCCUCUAAUCUCCCACUUUCCCCCCAUCCCCGCAUAUCUCAGCAGAGAUUGCUAGCUGCGCUCCAGCCUAGACUGGAGAAAACAAGAGACUGGAUAGGGAGGUAUGGUCUGGAAUGCACUGCGAAAGAGAACUGGCGAGGCAGGAGAAAUUACCGUGGCUUGGUUGUUAGGGUGCAGUUCUCACUUGCAUCUUUUUUUAAAUGCCUAGCUUUGGUUCUAGGUCUCUGAGCGAGCCUUCCCCAUGGCAUGCGCAGUCAGUUAGCCUCCAGGUUUGUUGCUCUUCUUCAUCCUGAGCCAUUUCCCCCCCGCUGGAAUGCAGUUCUUCUCCUUGAGCUGGGUUUGCAGUCUGUUCCUGGCACCUGCCCACCUGCUGUCACAAGAUCUCCCCGUAAAGCAGCAAACCUGAUCUCAGAAAGUGUCUCUAGGUGGUUCUCUAUGGGGCAAAGCUGUCGCUCCUCACAGAGUGUUUGUUGUGGGGGAGGAAGAGAAAUGAGAUUGUUAGCCGCUUUGAGACUCCUUCGGGUAGUGAUAAAGCGGAAUAUCAAAUCCAAACUCUUCUUCUUCUCACAGGCACAGGUUGUCAUCUUAAGUUCAUAAUAAUAGGUAAACUUUCUGUAAGGGGGUCUUGAGCAGCUGUAUGUUAAGGAAGAUGCAGGGGUUGAAGGUGUUGGAGUUAUUCCGGAUGAUUUCUAAUGCUCAUCAUGGAUAAUUUUUCUCAGGGUCAGACUUGGUUCUGAAUAAGGACAUGGUUCUGAAAUAUUUAUUGUGUUGAUUAUCGGGGGGGGGGGGGAAGUGUUCCAAGUGUGCAAUAGCAGCUGGUGUGCUGUAUUUGUUGAGAUUUUCAUUUCAGUAACUUGAUUUGUGUGCUCAGUUGGGUUUUCCCCCUCUGUGAGUCUGUUUGGAAGGGGUUCUCUCCCACCCCCAGACAUGGUCCACUCCAUUUAGUGUCUGGUUUGGGCCAACAGCAUACUCACAUCAUGUUCCUUCUUGCAGAUGGAUAUAUACAAUCAUGAACGUUAGAAGAUUCCUGUUGGAUCAAACUAAAGGUCCCUGUAUACCAGCAGUCUGUUUUCCACAGUCACCAAUCAGAUUCCUCUGAAAAGCAGGACACGAAACUGAUCAGGACAUGAAACUGAUAGUCCUUUUCCAUUGUUGCUGCUCAAGAGACAGUAGGGACACGGGUGGCGCUGUGGUCUAAACCACUGAGCCUCUUGGGCUUGCCAAUCAGAAGGUCAGCAGUUCAAAUCCCUGUAGCGGGGUGAGCUCUUUGCUUCGGGUAGUGAUAAAGCGGGCUAUCAAAUCCAAACUCUUCUGUCCCAGCUCCUGCCAACCUAGCAGUUCAAAAGCAUGCCAAGAAGUGCAAGUAGAUAAAUAGAUACUGCUGUGGGGGGAGGGUAAUCCGUGUGCUCUGGUUUCCGUCACGGUGUUCCAUUGUGCCAGAAGCAGUUUAGUCCUGCUGGCCACAUGAUCCGGAAAGCUGUCUGCAGACAAACGCCAGCUCCCUCGUCCUGAAAGCGAGAUGAGCGCCGCAACCCCAUAGUCGCCUUUGAUUGGACUUAACCGUCCAAGGUUCUUUCACCUUUACCUGUUUUCUCAAGAGACACAUGGCAUCUGAACACGGAGAGUGGGAUUCAACUAAUGAGUCCCAUCAAGGGAAGCCCUGUGCAAGGGCUGCCGCUUUGCACCCUCUGAAAUUAGUUCCUGGGGAAUUGGGAGAACCCCUGGAACAGCAUGCAGAGGGAGAAAAGGGGGGGAUUAUUUCACGAGGCAACCCAAAAUGCUUGUCUUGAUGGAGUAAUCACCUAAUUGCAAUGUUGAAUUCCUCCCUUAGCUUUCAUAUAGCCAUCAUGAGUAGUUGUUGAUUGCCUUAUCCUUCAUGAAUUUGUCUAAUCCCUUUAUAAAACUAUUUAAACCAGUGGCCAUCAUCUUGAAUGCCAUAAAUGUAUUAUUCAUUGUGUCCAGAAGUACUUCCCUUCAGUUUGUCCAGAAUCUCUUCUGCGCCAUGCAUAAUUUUACAAACCUCUUUCAUGUUUCCCCUUACUCAAUUCCCUGCUCCCCAAACUAAAAAAACCCAAGCAACAGAGUCCUUUUCUUAUAGGAAAGGUUUUGCAGCCCUUUUCUGCACCUGUUCCAACUCUACAAUAUCUUUUUUGAGAUGAGGCUAAUCAGAGAGGCUUUCCCCCUGUAAUUGAACUUGAAGCUUGAGCCAGAGUUGGCCCUUUUCCCUUUUGUGUUGGCCUGAGGAUAUAUUUCUUUCGAAUAGGUGUCUGUAACAAAAAGGAAGUGGUGUUGGAAAAGGAGAUGAAGUGGAAAGAUAAAGUGGAACUUCAGUAAGAUACAGAGAAGAUUCCUGUAGCAUUCAGUGAGACCACAGGAAGCUUGCGACUGUAGAGAAACACUUUCAUCGCUGUUAGGAAAGCUGGGAUUAAUUGUGUGGUGUUUUUAAUAUAUAAUUGAAAGAUAAUUUACAGUUACAAAAUCCCUGACUGUUUGACAUCUACACAUAGGGCAAAAUGCAGGGUUUGGCUGUAGCCAUCACUGUAGAGAACUGAGAUCUUUUUGCUUUGGCCUUGCAGCUCAUAGCUUGUAAUAAGUUGUAUCCAUUAGGAAAGCUCUCUGCAUUUAACCCAAAAUAUAUGCAUCUAUCUGCCAUGUAGCUCUCAAUGUUGGUGUUGGAAAUCCUAGACCGGCUGCUCAAUCCUGAUGAGCAAAUAUAUAAUUGUCCCGUACCCCCGCCCGCACAGAUACUUUUUAUUUUGACAUGAUUGUUUCCUCCUGAUGCCUUGAGGUUUCUGAAGUAGACCAAGCUGCCUUUAAGGUGGCAGUCUUGCAGCUAGUUGUCUAGCUGGGUGCCUCCAUUGCUGUCCAAAGGAUGCUAAGUUGUAUGGCAUUUUCCUUGCUUUGAUAAGUCGCCAUUCCUACACGGUAGGUCUCCCUGAAGACAGAGACUGAUGUUAUUGUAGAAUGUUGAUUGUUGUAUAUAUUGAAUCAGUUUAUGUCGGCAGCAAGUCAAUUUCCAUUCCAAGGAAUGAGGUCAUCCCAUGCAUCCCUUUUUAUUGGAGUCCUUGUCAGUUGCCUUAGUUAGAGACCUGUGCAACAUGUGACCUUCUAAGCCAAACACAACCCACCAACCUGGCAGGUGCUUAACAGCUUCCCCGCUCUGCCACCCCAUCCAUUCUUGUAAUCCCAGGCAUGUCCUGGUGGCUUAUAGUCAGCUUGGUGAGUCACAAGUUGUGUAGAUCAGCCUUAGUAGUGCGCUUUAUAAUGCAGAAAGGUUAAGGCUUGUGACCACUACAUGGCCCUGGCCAGAUUUUAAAAAAUGUCAUCUCGGUCCUCCACAAUAUCCUGGUAAGUUUUAUUGAUUUUGGUGCAGGUUAUUUUAAUGAAAUAUGCCUAAGGUUGCGACUUUACUGCAGUCCCGCUGCAAGGUUUUGUAGGGCGGGGAGAGUGAAGUAGGUGUUCUUCUGAUAGGAUACAACAAGGAUUCAGUAUCCCUUGAAGCGUCUUGCUUUCCCUGGUAUGACUUUGGAAAUUUAACCACUUAGCAGAUAGUUCGCAAGCCAAUUUAAAGUUCUUAGAGGUCCCCUUUAGGAACUGUUUAAUAAGAAGAAUCUAGACUCAGCUCAAAGGUCCUGUCUCAUUUAGUACUUAUGAAAUGCCAAAAGGCUGGACAUGAAAUAGACCUCCUAUUUUGCUGUUCAUUCCAAACUAGGACUUUGCAAUUUUGUUUUGAGUGUGUUUGUGUGUGUGUGCUAGAGAGGCUAUUCACCUCUAACUUGAGAUAUUUAUACUUUACUAGCAGAGACUUAAAGUGUAGAAGAAUGUAGGGCUUUGAUUCAGGUUUAAGAAGCCAUGAAUUGGAUAAGGAUCUGAUGCCACCUUUUUCCAGUUUGCAAUCUACAAAACCAAAAACCCCUGGGCCACGAAUGGGGAAGUGCUGCAAGCAGUUGCAUGCUCUGUGGAUUGUGCAGAAUCCCACACCCAGGACCGCAUGGCUGUUUGCCUGGGCUCAGCUACCUGUACUGGAGUGGGGGGAGGGUGGUGUUAGCAGAGUGGUUUGCUUUGUGAAUCAUGUCCUUAAUGACAUGCGUAUCCAAGCCCAUAGCUGAACCCUUUGCUAACCUUAGCUAAUUUAAGUGACUUCAUGUUGCCGGUUGCAUUGAUAGGUAACUGGUCGGCGUUGGAUUUGGAAUUUCUGCGUGUUCCCUACACUUGUGUGUUUUGCAAAAAGUUGGGUUUUUCCCCUUAUUAUUUAAUAUUUAUUUUAUUUAUUGUUUCCCACACACAGAUGUCAGGUAGCUUGUCUAUCCUGCAAAUAAAAGUUUGAAACCUAGCUGUUAUCUGUAGAUUUUCUUUGCGCCUCCCAUUCCUCAUUGGGGUAUGAAGUUAUGCAUUCCACAUAUUACUAUUCUCUACUCUUUAAGAACUGGGGUACCAUCAAAUUUUGUAGUGGGGCCCAAAGCAAGCCUCUGUUCAUUAGUCUCUUGGUGCCUAGAAUUUCCAGGGCUUGGUAUUAAACUGCAAGCAAUCCCCCCACCCCACUCAUCUAUUUAUUUUCUGCUCUCUCUAACUGUGAUUAAAAUGCUUUUUUAUAAGCAUAAGAAAUUUUUUUU